GUAGGCGUGGAUCACGUUGUUACUUCCCGGGAACAGAAACGCUUCAACUCAGCCGACAUUCAAGUCUGUACAAACCGUAAAAAUGUUUUUAAUUAGUAACAUAUAAACUCCAGCUCAGUAUGACAUCGGUUUUCAAGUAACUGGUAGCUUUUUGACAAUAGUUUUAAGCGCAGUCCUGAGUCCCCGGAAUGUUUGGAUGCUAACGCUAGCUCGCUAGUUAAGCGACAUACCGGAGGAAACUAUCGAUAUUUUAACCAAAAGAAAAAAUGUCUGCGGGACACAAGGCAAGCUGGAUACUGACAGGCACCACGGUCGCUUGUGUCACCGCUCUGUAUGUGCCCUGCGUGCAGAGGACUGUCCCCGGUGGAGACUCGGGAGAGCUGAUCACCACUGCUUGUGAGCUGGGGGUGGCCCAUCCUCCAGGAUACCCACUCUUCACCCUCCUAGCUCGUCUGGCUAUGUGUCUGCUGCCAUCGCUCUCUCCAGCGCACAGUGUCAACCUGAUGAGUAGCCUCUUGGGGGCUGCAGCUUGUGGUGGCCUCUGCAUUACUGUCUGCAGGUUGGCAGGUCCUGGUCCUGGAGCAGUUCUGGCUGGAGGGCUGUUUGCUGUGUCCAGACUCAGCUGGCAGUGGUCCAUGGUGGCAGAGGUCUUCACCCUCAACAACCUUUUCGUUGGCCUUCUCUUCUUCUUGACCGCCAGCUUCCAUUGUGCUGAAAGCGCCACGCAGAGGAGGAAGGUUGCACACUGGGGCGCAUUAUGCUGCGGCUUGGGCCUCUGUAACCAGCACACCCUGGUGCUGUAUGUGUUGGUCAUCGUUCCCUGGGUUCUUUAUCGACUCUACUCUCAGAAGGAGCUGUCUUUUCAUGGCCUUUUGUCUCUGGGAUUGUGUUUCCUCGCUGGUUUUCUGCCGUAUAUCUACCUGCCCAUCUCAUCCUACCUCAACACAGCCCGCUGGAGCUGGGGGGACCAGACCACCCUGUCAGGACUGCUGAUCCACCUGUUAAGGAGUGAAUAUGGCACAUUCAGUCUCGCAAAGACAGAAGGCUCUAUGAACCUGACCACAAUGUUACAGGCCCAGCUGGACCACUGCCUGGCAGAACUUUCACCUCCUGUGUUGGUGCUGGCAGGAAUAGGCGUCGUCCUCUCCUCGCGGGACAGGACCUGCCGCUCGGUGUCCUGGCUGUUGACUGCCAUGCUGGUGGUCUACUCACUGUUUUUUGCUUGGAGAGCUAACCUGGACAUCAGCAGACCCUUGCUGCUUGGAGUGGUUGAGCGUUUCUGGCUCCAGAGUGACGCUGCGGUGUGUGUGCUGGCAGGCCUCGGCUUGAGCCGGACUCACACUGAGCUGGAGAGGAGGCUCGGCCAUGGGGGGGUGUGGAAGACCACAGGCUGGCUUCUCACUGUAGCUCUGCUGGCACAUAUGGUGCACACCAAUCACAGGGAGUGUGAUCAGAGCAGUAACAGUGUGGUGGAGAGGUUCGGCAGGGAGCUUCUGGCCUCCGUCCCAGCAGACUCCAUCAUCUUGACCAGAGGAGACCUGCCCGGAAACUCUCUGCGUUACUUAUACUACUGCCAGGGACUACGACCCGAUGUCCGCCUGGUCGACCAGGAGAUGAUGACAUACACUUGGUAUGUGGCCAAGCUCGCCCAGCACCACCCUGGGGUCCACUUUCCCGGCCGCUGGUGGGAUCCGGUGCACCCUGAGGAGAAAGACACCUUCAGCCUCGAGCAGUUUCUGUCCCACAACCCACAGAGGGAUACGUUUGCCUGCAUCGGGCUGCCUGAUGGAGAUCUAAGCUGGGAACGUAGUUUCUCUCGCUGGCCCCUUGGUGUGUGUGAUUACUUAGUACCUGUUCAGAAGCAGUUUCACCCUGAAGACUGGGCUCAUCGCACUCGCAGCAUCUACAACUGGAGCGAGCCUUACAACAGUUUCCAUCCUGCUUCCUGGGAGCGUGUCGCUAAUGAGGAAAUGUGGCAAGCCAGGAUGAAGACGGCUUUCUUUCUGUUUGACCUGGCAGAAAGGAUGCAGGGAGAGGGGAAAGCUCGCCUCUUUGAGCUGUCUUACACUCUGUAUAAGGAGAUUGUAGGGGCGCACUCAGACUACCCGCCAAACUGGGACAAGAACCUGGCACUGGCUUGCGAGAGGCUGCUCCGCUCAGGUCACCGGGGCUACAGUCCAGACAGCCUGCUGACCUGCAGCGCCCAGCACUUUAGUCUCUACUUAGAGAAGGAACCCACUGAUCCCCAGGCGCCCGCCAUACGCUCGGCCAUUACACACCUGCUCAAAGAGAGAGACAGGCUGCGCCAGAGCCGGAAGCAAACGCCAUGAUGAAGAUCCAGAGGGACGGACGUGGAGCUGGCAGACUGAGCGUGUGCCGUGAGCCCAGCUGAAGUGUCGGGCUGUGGGAAUUAAGUCUGAGCCGGUGUGCCUCUUCUCACGGUGGUCCUCCAGAAGGAUACAGACUGAUGCAGUGGUGUUUGGUUUGGCUAAAUAUACUUGGCCAAAUCACAUUCAGAAAUGGGAAUAAAGGAUAUUGCCAAUGCAUAAAUACUCAAGUUAUCAAACUACAUCAUCAACUCUGUGUAGCUGACAUACUUGCACUUACUCAUUUGAUGAAUGUUUACAGUGGACCCCGGACAGAGCGUGACUUCAGGAAGCCUUGACUGACCUCAGUCUAGCUCUGCGUGCUCCACUUGAGGUCACCCAUUCAAUUGCUCUAUCGUUACAUCUCUUUCUUUUUCCUUUCCUAUUCUGCUCUCAGAGCUUUUAACGUGCUGAUUAUUUUGCCUCAGCCUCUGCUCCACUUCUCUUUUUCUCACAUUAGGAUGGCAGGGCCGAGAUUGAGGGAAACCCAAUUUGGGGGCAGAAAUGGGGGAUUAGAGCAGCUGUUUAAUCUAGGACAGACUUGCGCUGUGCCACGCAGUCCUCACUCCACAUCAACAGCACUGCACACCCACCCACCCCUCCGUCCUUCCAUCAGUCUAUCUUAGAUGGUCCUUUAAAUGUUUAAAACUAAUGGAUUCGAUGAGUGUUUUUUUUUCCUCUUUUCCUUCCUAACAGGAGGGCUAUAAUCCCUCAUGGAUUUAAACGAAAUGUGAAAUGUCACAAUGCCAGGGACCCUUUUAGAGGUGCGUUAGUGUGUGUGUGCGAUUUGUGUGUGUGUGUAAACAUGUUUAAAUCUCCACUCAAACCCUGUCCCUGACAGAGCUGUACAUAAACAUAUUCGAUAAAUAGAUCGGCACACUGAAAAGCAAAAUGCUUUGAUCAUUAGAGAAGCACAAACUCAUGCAAACUCCGGGGACAUACAUAGACACAAGACUAUCAGCUUCCAACUCGGAGGAAAAUGGACUUUUAGCUUUGUGAGCAUUGGAGAGAAAGGUUGGCAAACAAACCACAGUGGACCAGGGAUCCACACCCUCAUGUCUUUGUAUGUCUUUGACGUGUUCUCAGGAUCUGACACCUCAGUUACACUGUUUUUGUAAAUUUUAGUGUUGAUGUUAAUGAGUUUUGUGCCAUGAAAUUUGUUUUCCAGAGGUCAAACCAGCAUAUUGCCAUAAGCUUUAUAAAACACUGCUGAAGCAGCCUGCUGUUUGAGAUACCACUCGAAAGCGAAGGACAGUAAGUGCAUGUGUAGUUUUUUCAGAAAGUAAUCUGCCCUCUCUGUUCGCAGGCCUGGUUAGCGGCUGUCAGCUGGCUGGAUGAUGAGGUUCGACCUGCUGUAGCACAGAUGGUUCAGUUUCUCAAAAAAAAGGGAAAACUGUCACUCUUCUUUCUACAGAUUAAAUAUUUCAAUAAAGAUGCCUUUUUAAAUAGA